AUGGCGCUCAGCGAUGCCGAUGUGCAGAAACAGAUUAAGCACAUGAUGGCCUUCAUUGAGCAGGAGGCCAAUGAGAAGGCGGAGGAGAUUGAUGCCAAGGCCGAGGAGGAGUUUAACAUUGAGAAGGGUCGGUUGGUGCAGACUCAGAGGCUGAAGAUCAUGGAGUACUACGAGAAGAAGGAGAAGCAGAUCGAGCAGCAGAAGAAGAUUCAGAUGUCCAACCUGAUGAACCAGGCCAGACUGAAGGUGCUGAAGGCUCGCGAUGACAUGAUCACGGAACUGCUGAACGAGGCGCGUCAGAGGCUGGCGAACAUCGCUAAAGACCCGGCACAGUAUCAGAAUCUGAUGGAGGGUCUGGUCCUGCAGGGCUUCUAUCAGCUGCUGGAGCCUAAAGUGACCAUCCGCUGCCGCAAGCAGGACCUGAGCCUCGUGCAGGCAGCAGUUCAGAAGAACAUUCCCAUCUAUCGGGCAGCUGUGAAAAACAACAUCGACGUCCGCAUUGACCAGGACAACUUCCUGCCCUCAGACAUCUCUGGAGGUAUUGAGAUCUACAAUGCCGAUGGAAAGAUCAAGGUGUCCAACACCCUGGACAGCAGACUGGAUCUCAUGGCCCAGCAGAUGAUGCCCGAAAUCCGAGUGGUUCUGUUUGGCGCCAACCAGAACCGCAAGUUCUUGGAUUGAUGGACUUAGUUUUCAUAAUAGUGUUCGAGGGCAGUGGUUUUUAAAGCCAAGGCAACAGAAGCAACAUGUGAAUUUUUCUGUCAUUUUGUCACUUGUUUAUUUGUAUUUGAUUCCAUUCCUGUGUGUGUCUGAGUGAAAGUGGAAAGAGAACCCCUUUAUCCCCCCCCCUCCCAUCUUGUGAUGUGAUCUCCUCCUGUCUGCUGUUCUUAUGAGGGAAGUGUAUUAAAAGUGAUCAUUUAAAACUGACACACACACACCCAUGUGGAAGUAGCCAUGUGAACUGGAAUCUGGACUGGCUAUGGCUCUGCAGGGGUGAAGCAGUGGGUCUGGACUCAGGUGGUGCGUAGAUCCAAACUGACUGCUGGUGUAAAAAUUUCUACCCACCCUGAUUUUCCAUGAAGCAUUAGUUUAAAGCCAUCCCUGCAGGCUGUGUUUGUGUGUGAAACAAAUGACCGUGUUGAAAACCAGCUCAUUUUGCUUCAUUCACAGCCAUAGCCACAGCCUCGUGUCUACAGAGCAAAUAUACACCUCAAAACCACUGACAACAUAAGUCUCCUUCCUCUCAGAGCAGGCAGCCGAAUCUACUUACACAAAAGUAAAUCUGUGUCCACAUUUUACAAACUGCUAUAAGGCUAAGUAUGGAUCACAUUACAGUGCUAAAUGGGGAGGAUGCACACUGAGGCAGCUUAAAGCUAGAUGGUGUUUGUAGUUCGUAUCACGGUUUACUCUGUCCCCCAGCCCCUUAAGGCUGCACAAGCACGUUCCUGUUGUGAUUAUGUGUGCUUUGGUUUAAACUCCCGCUGAACUGAAACUGAUAAACCCUUCAUGUCCUUCAUCCUUUGUCUUAUUUCCUGUGAUAUACUGUGUGUACAUGUGAAUUUAAAACAGAUUGGAUCACCUAAAUGUUUUUUUUAUUCCUUGAUGCAUUUGUCUCCAGAGGUGAUGCUAAUUGAUGAUGUUAAAAUAUAUAUGCAGGAGAGUAGCCACUGUGUUUGUUGCCUGUUUCUUCCCCACAUCAAAGCACAGAAACGGACAUGAGUUUA